AUGGAUGGCUUAAACUCCCAGUUCUUGACUAGGGGAGAGUUGGAGGUGUCCUCGGAGGAGCCAAUGUCACGACAACACAACGUGCGGUCUCGACAGUCCAAGACCGCUGUUAACACUUUUGCCACUGGACGGGGUGGGGCUCUCCCUUCUGGGCGUGACGGGGGUCCCUCCUUUGUCCCCCUGCAGUUGGAGGGAGCCUUGGCCGACAUCAAGAAGCAGCUUCAGGAUGAAAUGCUGUGGCAGAUGGAUGCGGAGAACAGGCUGCAGAGCCUGAAGGAGGAGCGAUUCCAGAAAAACAUCUACAGUGAGGAGCUCCGUGAGAGCAAACGCCGCCACGAGACACGCCUGGUGGAGACCGACAACGGGCGCCAGUGGGAGAUCGAGAACAAGCUGGCCGAUGCGCUGCAGGACCUCCGUGGGCAGCACGAGGCCCAGGACAGGCUCUACAAGGAUGAGCUGGAGACGACCUAUGCAGCCAAGCUGGAAAACGCCAAGCAGUCGGCCGAGAGGAACAGCAGCCUGGCUGGGACGGCUCACGAGGAGCUUCAGCAGACACGGAUUCGCAUCGACAGCCUCUCCGCCCAGCUCAGCCAGCUGCAGAAGCAGCUGGCAGCCAAGGAGGCAAAGCUGUGGGACCUGGAGGAUUCCCUGGCCUGGGAGCGGGAUACCAGCCGGGAGAAGGAGCGGGAGAUGGCCGAGAUGCGGGCCCGUAUGCAGCAGCAGCUGGACGAGUACCAGGAGCUGCUGGACAUCAAGCUGGCCCUGGACAUGGAGAUCAACGCCUACCGCAAACUCCUGGAGGGCGAGGAGGAGAGGUUGCGCCUCUCCCCCAGCCCCUCCUCCCAGAAGAGCGGCUCCCGCAUCCGGGUCUCUUCCUCUGGACAAAGCGCCACCAAGAAAAGGAAGCUGGAGGACGGCGAGAGCCGCACCAGCUUCUCCCAGCAUGCCCGCACCAGCGGCCGCGUGGCUGUGGAGGAGGUGGACCUGGAGGGCAAGUUUGUCCGGCUGAGGAACAAGUCCAGCGAGGUGGGUGCUGGUGGCCGGAGGUCCAGAAGUCCUGGGCAAGGAGGGCCGGGAAGCCGUCUGCUCGUGGAGGGGGCUUAGGGUGGACAUAAAGUC